AUGUCUACCGCAUCAGUACAACAACCGGUCAUCCCUCCCCGACCUUCUAGGAGUCAGGACAAGGAGGAGAACACCAAUACCUCGUCUCUCCCCAAGAUUCCUCCUCGUCCCAUCAAGCGUUUCGACCGCUCCGUCUCCCCGAAUCCCGAUCGAUACGCGCCCUCUCCAUUGAACGAGAGCCCCUUUUCAAAGAGCCCCAAGGCUACUCGUUCCUCGCCGAGUAAUGGCUUCCUCUCUUCUCACGACCCCAUUCAUCACCGCCCCGGUAGCGUGUCUAUGCCUUCCGUUGGCGAGGAGGGCAACGAAUACGACGCCAUCAACGAUGGAUUUGUCAAGCCGCCCCCCAAGGCACCUUCAUCUCCUGAGCACACCCGCUUCGCUGCGGAAGACCUCAAGCUUCACGCUCCCAAGCCCACUGUUCCGGCUCAGAGUGCCAAACAGAGAGUUAUGGCCGUGACCCGUACCGAUUCGGAUAAGGCUGCCUCUUAUGGCAUUGGCAAGCCCAGCAGUGACGACACCAGACCCAGCAGUCUGAGGAAGAAGGCAAGCUCAAGUGCCCUGUCUCAAAAGUCAGAAAGUGCCUUCGGCGAUGAGGAGCAUGGUAUCCCCGAGAUUGGCCAGCGUGUUCCCAUGAACCCCAACCUCGGUGACGUCCAGGCCCCAUCUCCUGCUCCUGGGUCUGGCGCUGCCCCCGAGAGCCUGAGGUCGGGGACUCCGCGAAACCACUCCCGCAAGCAUAGCUCGCGUGGUUUCAACGAGCUCCCUCCUGGCAGCUACGGUCUCCAUGGCCACAGCUCAGCUUUGCCCACCGACAAGUUUGAGAAGGCUUGGUACGACAAGCACCCCGAUUUCCUGAAGAAGGACUGCAAGCCUUCUCUCCACGACCGUCAAAACGACUACGCCAUGAGCAGCACUGAUCUGAACAAGAUUGUCAAGGAGACCCACAGCCGUGGUUCUGGCAUGGGAACCUCCUCUUCAUAUGUUGGCACCCCCAGCGAGGAAGUUGGAUAUCAGGCUUCUGCAGAGUACACCUCUCGCAUUUCCUCCCCUGAGCUUCAGCGCAUCAAGUCUCCUCAAAGUCCUUCGAAGGAGUCUCAUCCCCAGGUCUCUGUGUCUUCUCCUGACAACGCUACCGGAAGCGAUGACGGUACCGUCCAUGUCGACGAAUCUCACAACCGCCGCAGGAGUUUUGUGUCGCACGACCCUGGACACGAGAACAAGUACAAUGCGCCGAUUCUGGCCGAAGACGAGUCUGGAGACGUACAUCCGUACGAUCUCCAGCCCGCUGUCGAGCCCCCACCAGAGCGCUCCGGCAGUGCCUUUGAGAUAGAGAAGCCGAACCGUCCCACAAGUCGACCCACUAGCAUUUACAAUAACAACCAGUCACAAACCGAUCUGGUACACACCCCACUUGAGGAUGUCGAAGAGUACGAGCCACUCUUUGACGAGGAGCGCCCGGAGGCCAAGAAGACCGAGGCCGAGGCAGCCAGCUCGAAGCCUCGUCACAAGUUCCCAAGCAAGGACGUCUGGGAGGACGCCCCCGAUAGCGUCAACUACACCGCCGAAGUUUCGACCCCGGAGCCCACAGAAUCAGAACGCCCUUCCUCCAGACGCCGUUCUGAACUUCCCACAGAGAACCCCGCCUUGGAGUUUGCUCGCAGACAAGAAGAACUCGCAGAGCAGGAAGGUCGUGGGGUAGACGCGAAGCAGAUGAAGCCAGUGCCUGCCGCCCUCCAGAAGACCAAGGAAGAGGCCCGCCCAGCCAUGUCGAACCGGUUUCCCAGUCGCGACGUUUGGGAGGAUACUCCAGAAAGCGCCUUGCACGAGGCUAUAGUGGAUACACCCGAGCCAAAGGACGAGUCCCCGGUGGAAAAGCCGUUUGUGCCAGCACGCCCGCAGAAGAAGGGUUCACAAUCGAGCGCUACAGCAGAACCACCUUCCAUCCCUGAGCGGCCAAGAAAACAGAACUCGACAAGUGAGGAUAAGGCUAAGCCAGCCGUCUCGGAGAAGUCAAAACCUCAAAUUCCUGCUCGCCCUACCAAGACCCUUACCUCCGGCGUCGACUCCAAGGAGCAAGACUCUGCUCCCAAGCAGAAGCCAGCUAUUCCUGGCAAACCUGCGGGAGGCAAGAUUGCAGCGCUCCAGGCCGGCUUCCUGUCUGAUCUUAACAAGCGCCUUCAGUUGGGACCCACAGCGCCGAAGAAGGAAGAACCCCCGGCGGCGGAUGUUGCCGAAGAGAAGGAGAAGGCGCCCCUUUCUGAUGCUAGGAAAGGUCGUGCUCGUGGCCCCCAGCGUAGGGCUCCGGCGGCGAAGAGCCCAGCUCCGGCAGCCGUUGAGGCCAAGUCCGGUCCUACGCUCUCAUUCUCUCCUCUCAGGAUCUGCUGGAGCAUUGGCGACAGUGGUGUUCUAGAGGUCGACGACGGUUCCAAAGACGAACCCACGAAGGAGACAGCUCCCGAGGUCGCCAGCACAGCUGCAGAGACAGAAGAGAUCAAGCCUGAAGUCUCGGCCGAGACAGAAGCGCCCGAGGUGCCCGCCGCUACGGAACCUGCUGCAGAGACUGCGGAAGUGGCCGAGGCUGAGGCUCAUAAGCCUCUGGAAGCUGAAGAUGAGGCUGAGGCGCCGAAGGAGGUUGUCAAGACUUUGGCGGCCAACACCGCCGGCGAACCUGUGGUUGAGGCGACUCUCGAGAAGGGGGCCGACAUCGAACCUGUUGAUGUGAAGCAAACCGGAGGCGAAGCGGCAUAA